GAUGCUGGGCAGAUUGCGUUUAUCUCCGCAUCUCUGCUCUGUUCCUUUAAUGUUAAACAUGUGUGGCUGCGCGUCGCUGUUCGACGUGAAAUCAUUUAUCGAGGGCUUUAUCUGAUAAGAAAAAAGAAAAAGAAAAAAGCGACGAAAAAAACAUGACAGACAUUACGACUUCAGAUCCAUGCCCUGUUCCCAACCCGACCAUAGUGGACCCGUCGGCUGUACGAAACGGACAAUGCGCCGCUGCACAGGACCCGAACCAACCCAAGAGAGGGAGCCAGGGCGAUCCCUUCAGUGUGGACCGGGACCAGGAGAUGAAAAUCACAGAUAGCGUUGAGGGCCAAGGUCUGUUGGAGAGCAGCAUGCACCUGAAGCCUCAUGAAGCUCAGAGUUACAGGAAGAAAGCUCUGUGGGUAUCCUGGAUCUCCAUAGUAGUAACACUGAUCCUGGCAGUGGCAGCCUUCACUGUAUCCUUCAUGAGACACAGUGCAUCAGCAUUUGGAUUUGCUUUUGAUGCAACGUUAGAUGUUCUUUCCUCCAUUAUAGUGCUAUGGCGCUAUAGCAACGCUGCAGCAGUUCACUCUGCCCAUAGAGAAUACAUAGCUUGUGUGAUCCUGGGAGUGAUUUUUAUCUUGUCCUCUAUGUGUAUUUUGGGAAAGGCCAUCCAUGACCUGGCCACCAAACUUCUUCCUGAAGUGGAUGAUUUCCUAUUUAGUGUUUCCAUUGUCAGUGGCUUCACAUGUGUCGUUCUUGCUGUUGCCAAGUUCAUGUUGGGCAGGGUUUUGACCAGCAGAGCCCUAAUCACUGAUGGCUUUAACUCUAUGGUUGGGGGCAUCAUGGGCUUUUCCAUCCUCAUUAGUGCUGAGGUGUUUAAACAUAAUUCAACUGUUUGGUACCUGGAUGGAACUAUUGGGGUCUUGAUUGGACUUAUCAUUCUAGCUUAUGGGAUCAAGCUGUUAAUUGAUAUGAUACCACGAGUAAGACAAACUCGACCAUAUGAGCGUUUUGAGUAAUGAUAGUCCAGAGAUUAAAGGCAAUGGUAUGGACCUAUCCAUGAUGUGACACCCAUACCUCUCUCUUCUUGCUCUGACCCUCUCUCAACACACAUACCCAAACACAUCUCGGAAUAAAGUCUGCUGUCAUCCAGUUCAGCCUCAUGAACUUUUAGACUCACCAUCACCAUUCACACCAGCUCUUGCUGUCCUCCAAGUCUUUAAAUCAGCACAGCAUCUUAUUGGAGGUGAAGGAUGGAGGAAUGAAGAAGAAUACUGAGCUGGAAGGAGGAUCAGUAUCCAGGUACUUGGUUUUAAAAAAAAUCAGGAGAUCAACAAGCACAGUCCUCCUGGAUGGAGGCACAGGUUUGUACGAGAGAUCAUCAUUUGUCACAACCUUGAAAUUCUUUUCUGUCACAUUUUCACUAUCUAGUUUUUACCUUAAAGAUUAAAAACAUUCAUUUUUUUGGUCUGGAGUAGUGAUAAAUCCUGACAGGUGUGUAUUUGAAACUAUAUCCCUCUCUAUUGCACUUUGGGUCACUUUUGGAGGUCAAGCUGGCAUUUCUCUGUUAACACCUGAUAUCAUAACAAACUUACACCAUAUCUUACCAUCUGUCAACCCCUCAAAUUAUUUAAUUAGAAAUACACUAUGUAAGGUAUGUGUAUAUUUUACUGUAAAAUAUUGCAUAAAACCUCUUGGCAUUUCCAGUGUAGGUAAUAAUUACUUCAGUGAAGAAAGCACAUUGAAAUUCCCAAACAUGUACUGGCCAGACAGGUUGACACUAAUUAAAGAAUUCUUAAAACAAUAAUUCAGGAGCAGCAAGAUGGCCUAUAAACUGCUUUAAUAUAUACAGAAAAGGCCCACGGGUAUCUCCGCAUACAUUGAGCCCUUAUAUGUUAAUAGUGGACACGACUAACCAGCACAAACCAAUUUAAAAUAAAGCGUGCACAAUUUUUUGGAAACAGUUUUACACACAUGACUGCUUUUGGACUUCUUGCCCAUUGAAUCAUUUAUACCAUAUUAUAUAUAAAAUCAAUGAAACGAUUACAGAAUUUGAGAAAUAUUAUUGAAUUUGAGAUUUGAAUAUGAUUGUCAACUCCUUUCAUUUACUUGUUCUUAUCCAUUUGUACUGUGUACUGUUUGAGUCAAGGCAAAAUACCUUCAGUAGCUACUGUAUAUAGCAACACAGUUUGACUUAUUAUUCAAACAACUAAUAAUCUGAGUUUUGCUAGGUGAGGAUCUGCCAAGUAAGAGUACUUGGCAAGCACUGCUCAUGUCAGUUUCACGUCAGCAGAUUUUCUAUUUGUCCUAACUUCUGUCAUGAUAGAAUGAUAUUAGUAUAGCCUGAAGUAUCAUCUGGUUUAGAAAUGAUUAAUUUGGGCUCAAGCAGACAUUUAUUAUGUAUUAUGGUGGAUUUGAGGACGGCAGUUUAUUUCACUAUGGAGAACACAAAUUGGAAAAACAAAACACAUUUUUGUAGAUUACAUGGUUUAAGUGUUUAACAGGCACUGCUUAACAAUACUAAUGUAAAAUAUAAUAUUUUUUUUUUACCUUUUAUUUGUUUCUUGGCAGAUAUUAAAGUAAAAGCCAAAUGUUUGCACAAGCAUUUGUGAACUUCAGUAUAUUAAAAAAUCUAUUGAUUUUAUCCAUAUGUAAGAACACAUCUGCAAAUGUAAAUGCACAUUGAUUUGACUUAAUAAAUUGUUAUUAACUAAAUUAACUGAUUGAUUAAAAAUUCAGAUUUUAAAAUGAUAUGUUGUUACAACAUACAAUAACUGCCCAAUCUGUUCUGACAAGCACAGCACGUUAUCUUUCUGCGACAGCUAAACAGAUUCUUGAAAAGCUCAUGUGUUUGUUAAAAGCAAAGGGGCAUUUGUGAGAAAUGUUUCUGUACUGUAUCACAAGCACAGUAUCAGACACAGGGUUCCAUAAUUUGCAUAUUUAAUACUGAAAAGAAACAUAGUAGAAAUGCUACACUCUCAUGCUUUAGAAUAAUCAUUAGUAAGUUAUAUUAACAUUUGUUUUUUGUCUCUUAUACAUUGGGGACAUGUAACUGAAUGUAAAUGUCUAUGAUAAGAUUUUAUCAGACAAUCAUGAUGCAACCAAUAACUGCAGCACAUACUCACAAUGCCUUUUGUGUACUGAUGAAUGUGAUCUCAUCUGAAGAGGGAAAAUUUAAAGCUGAAUAUUACAUAUUUGUUGUCUUUUUAUUGUUGUGGAAAAGUUGUUAAUUAAAAUCAAUUUAUCUGUUCAAUCUGUUCAUUCUAUAUAUGUUUUAAUUACUUGAAUAUUUUAAAACUCAUUGUUAUCCAGUUCCAUAAUCCUAUAAUAACUGUAUUGACCAGACUGUAUAUGUAGACUGCCACUGGUGACUGAUAUGUUACUGUGCUGAAUGAAUGCUGUAUUAUGUUUACAUAAUAUUUGGUAUUGAUACUUACAAUAUUCAGAUGUCAGGUUACAACUGGCGGGUUGGGCAUUUUUUUAUUGGUAAUUUUGCAUUAUUUUGAUUCUCAUUAUCAACAAGCAUAUUGUGCUACUGUAGUUUGUAAAUCUGUAAGCAUGUGUUUGGCCAUGAUGUGAUAUGUAGUAGAAUGGUGAUUUCUGGUCAUAGACUGUAGUGGCUAUAGUUGCUAUAUGAUAAAGAUCAUAAGGGUCACACAAUGUGUUAAAUCACAUUAGUUGCUUUUGUUUAGGUUGUGAUGGUUGAACACAUCACAAAUCAGUCUGUAUCCCAAAGAAAAACUGUUAACCUUCUAAAAACAUUUAGACCUCGUUUUAGUGUAACGACUUAGUACACCUCUCUUUUCUAAUGCUAUAGUCUUAGCAUUUAAGCAAUACUCAUUGUUAACGGUUAACAUUGCUUCGCUUUGCAUGGAAAAGAAACUCACAAUGCUGCGCAAACACACUGACACAGAAGCACACGCAUGCACAAGCAAAUACUGACAGCAUGUUUCUAAUGUAAAAUCUAAAAGUCUGUCACAUAGAUGAGAGGUUCUAAAUGUAUAUUUAUUUCAAAUGUAAUACUGAAUAUAUACAUACAUACAUACAGGGUUGGGAGGGUUAGCCUACAUUUGAAAUGUAUUCCACUACAGAUUUCAGAAUACAUGCUGUAAAAUGUAAUUUGUAAUGUAUUCUGUUAGAUUAAUUAAGGUCAGUAACGUAUUCUAAAUACUUUGGAUUACUUCUUCAGCACUGUUAGAUUUUUUUCGCUUGUUUUGACUAUAAAAACUCUGCCAGUACUGUAAGACAAAAUACACAGGUUAAAAAUACAUUCUCUGAAAAACCUAAUUGAUCUUGUUUUUAAGGAUUUUUAGAUAUUUUUACUAGGAAACAAUACAAAAAUUAUUAUCAAGAAUACGAUUUGUGCCCUAAUAUCAACGUUAUUACUAAGAGAAAAAAAAAAGAAAUUAUGAUGCAACGUGAAUUUUCUUGAAAUAUGAUCGUGCCUGGUAACAAGUGCAUGUGAAAAGGCUAGAAAUAGCAUUUUAGCUUAGCAUAAAGGACUACUCAGAUGUGUCUAAUCAUCCCUAUUUUUUGCCUGUAUACUACUGAGUAAUGACCACACCAAAUAUAAACAAACAUAAUCAAAGACAUACGACAUAAAAACUGUAAGCAAAGACAUAAUAAAU